GAAAUUUUUUGUUUAAUCAGGUGUAAAGGUAAUUUUUGCAGUUUAAUUCCAAAUCAAAUAGUGCCAAAAACGUCGCAAAAGAUUUUUCGUUGGUGUCUGCUUGCUUAUAUAAUUAUUUUUUUUUUGAGUAUCGUAAGCCUGCAUCAGAAUGAAAGUCAAAGAAUUGCAGAAGACGGUAAAUAUUGCUUGGUCACCACUGCCUCAGUAUCCUAUUUAUUUGGCGGCUGGCAGUGCUGCGCAACAACUUGACUCCAACGCCAACCCAACUUUGGAAAUAUAUUCAACGAAUUUUAGCGAUCCGAGUUAUGAUUUGGAAUUGAAAGCGAGCUUACCCAGCCAGUACAGAUUCCAAAAGGUUAUCUGGAGUCCCACUGGUUACGAUGGCGCACAAUCGAAUGGACUCAUUGUUGGCGGCUGCGAGGGUGGACAUGUUAUGAUUUAUUCUGCUGCUAAAAUGCUUGCCAACGAGGAAGGACUUAUUGCACGUCAAGAUAAACAUACUGGUCCCGUUAGUGGACUUGAUGUUAACCCAUUUCAAAAAAAUUUGCUCGCCUCAUGUGCCUCCGAAUCGGAGAUAUUUAUUUGGGAUCUUAACAACACCACCACGCACAUGAAUCCGGGCACUAAAACACAGCCACUGGAAGAUGUGCAAAAUGUCGCUUGGAAUCGACAGGUGCAACACAUACUGGCCUCAGUAUUUAGCUCACGUUGUGUAAUUUGGGAUUUGCGUAAGAGCGAACAAAUCAUUAAACUUUCCGAUACACAAUCUCGAGUGCGUUGGCAUGCCAUACAAUGGCAUCCGGAUGUGGCAACACAAGUGUGGCUCGCUUCAGAAGACGAUCAAGCGCCGGUAGUGCAACUGUGGGAUUUGCGUUAUGCCACUGCGCCAGCUAAAACAAUGCAAAUACAUCAACGCGGUAUGCUCGGCAUGUCAUGGUGUCCGCGUGAUGUCGAUCUGAUGGUGUCGUGUGGCAAAGACAACCACAUCUACUGUUGGAAUCCAAACACUGAUUUGCCCGAAGGCGAAAUACUUUCUGAAGUAGCAGCCACGGCUACUUGGUAUUCGGAUGUGCAGUGGUGUCCACGCAAUCCAGCGCUGGUCGCAAGUGCUAGCCUCGACGGUAAUGUUUCUAUUUACUCACUUUUCGGUGGUACACAGCAACAGGUGCAAACAUCCAAUAAGAUAGCUGACUCCUUUCCGGGAAUGGAUCAAAUAGCGCAGGCGCCGAUACCACAACAAUCAACGCAGAUAGUAUACCAUGACUUAAAGCGAGCACCGAAAUGGAUCAAACGACCAUGUAGUGUGGCGUUUGGGUUCGGCGGCAAGUUAGUGCACUUUAAUGGUAAAUCGAAGCAGGUGCAAGUAUCGCAAGUGGUAACCGAACCAGAGCUAGUAGAGCGCGCCAAUGCGCUCGAACGUUCGCUUAACGAAGCGAAUUAUGUUGAUUACUGCCGCGAACGUGCCGAUAAAAUGAACGAUCAAAAUGGACGUUAUUUAUGGUACUUUAUAAAGGCAAAUUUCGAACUCAAUCCAAAGGAGGAAAUGUUGAAUUUACUCGGUUUCAACAAGGAUGACAUCGAUGGAAAAUUCGCGAAGUUUGUGAAAGAAGAUGAAGCGGAAGAAAAUGAUGUAAAUCAUGUGACAAAUCGAAUUGCCAAUCUAUCGCAUAGUGAUUCAUCGGAAGUUGAGUGCGAUCAAAGUACUGAUGGCAGUACCGACAUUUCGCAACCAGUUGAUAACAACGCCAUCUUCGAUGGUAUUGCGGCCACACAGAAGCAACAGCAGCUCGACAAUGAGAACGGCGCGAAACUACCGAAGCAAUUCGCCAUUCCCAAGGGAGAUCAUCCAGAUAGCCUCAUAACCGAAGCUAUUCUCACCGGCAAUCUGGAGGCUGCCGUUGAAUUAUGUCUUGAUUCGCAACGCACCUCAGAAGCACUUAUCAUCGCAUCUACGGCUGGUAUUGAUUUCCUUACCAAGAUACAUAACCGUUACUUGCAGAACCAACAAAACGAGCUAUCGAAUGUGAUCAGCGCGUUGGUGACACGUGAUUGGUUGGACUUUGUCAAUCGUUGCACCGUAGACUCGUGGAAGGAAGCUUUAGUAGCAGCACUCAAACAUAGCGACCGCAAAGUGGUCGAUAUUUGCGAGCGUUUGGGUGAUCGUUUACUGGAGGAGCGCGCGCAAAGCAUCGAUUUCACGCGUAAUGCAAUGUUAUGUUAUGUGUGUGCGGGCAGUAUUGAUAAGUUGGUAACUGCUUGGCAUCAACUAAAGGCGCUGGAGCAUCAAAGCGAUAGUUACAAGCCGAAUACGGCUGAAUUACAGGAAUUGGCCGAAAUUGUUAUGUUAAUGAGCAAAUCUUUGGAACAACAAGGAAUAGCCUUGGAGUUAAAUGGUCGAUUUGCUGACUUCAUUACCGAGUACGGUGGUCUGCUAGUGGCGCAGGGUGCGCUCACAGCUGCAUUGGCAUACAUUUUCGCCUUGGGUUCGGGGAACCAUGAAGAAAAGGUCGAACUGGUAGAACUGCGCGAGCGCAUAUAUAACACGGUUAAUUAUAGGCCAAACCAAGCAGCAGCGAGCGGACGUCUACCAUAUCAACAACAACAAAAACAACAACAGCAGCAAGCGCAAAAUAUAUACAGCCGACAACAGCCGCAGCAGCAGCAACCACAACAACCACUUGCAGCACGUGGCUCGUUUUCGCAUGCAUUGCCACAGACAUUAGGUGGAUACGGCAGCGCUGGUGUCACGAAUCAAUUUGCCAACGCACCCACUAGUAAUUGGAACGCGGCAGCUGUUCCACCGCCCGGCGGAGCUGCACCUAUACCACAACCAGCAGCGCCAACACUUUUUAAUCCCGCGGCACCUUUAGUGCCGACAGCUGCUGCAACGAAGCCACCUCUUCCCGCCGCGGUAGUACCUGGCCAUAUAACAAAUGAACCCCAUACCCAGCCACCGCGUCCAGCCAGCAAUGCCAGUUCUCAAGGUGGCGGCGGCGGCGGAAAUAUACAUUCUCGCUCCAAAUAUGUGCUUGAUCCGUCUGUGGCCUCAGCUAGUCCUAUGGGUGCUUACGGCGGUGGAUAUCAACCACUGGCGCCAUCGCCGGCAACAACCGCAAUGCCCGCUUUUAAUACAAGUCCAUUUAAUGCGCCAUUGGUGCCAACACAGCCACAACCGAAUUUAAUGCAGCCCGCUGCACCUUUCAAUGCAGGUGCACCUUACGGUUUGAGUGGCAACAACAACUACAAUGCUGGUUUACCAACAGAUAUUGGCAAUCAACAGCAGGCGCUACCACCACCACCGCCAGUGCAGAACUUACAACACAAUCCAACACCGCCACCAGGCUGGAACGAUCCGCCUGCUUUGAAGUCAACUCGUGCGCAGGCCAAAAAACCAGAGCCUACACCCUCAUCUGCACCCAUAACUCAUCCCUUAUUCGGUGUUGAUCCCAAUCAAAAUCAAAACGGUUACAGGGAGCCAUAUGGCCAAUAUCAGAAUACUGGCAUGCCUCCACCACCAACAACGGCCAACAGUAGCAUACCGAAUCAAUCUCAGGCUGCCGGAACAGGGGGUUACUACAAUCCGUCAUUACAGCAAAAUAAUAAUUUGCCAACACAACAAUUUCAACCUCAAAUGAACUUCCAAGCAUCAGCUAUACCACAACAGCAGCAAUCCUGGAAUGUGCAACAGCAAAAUGUGGGCUACACCGAGCAGGCUGCACCAGUGCACAGACAACCCGAACCGCCAAAAGAGAAGCCGCCACUACCUGAGGAAUACAUAUAUUUGCAAACUGUGCUGGAGGAGUUGAAGAAUCAAUGUUUGGCAGUGACCACUGAUCCGCGCACCAAACGAAAAUUUGUGGAUGUUACAAAACGUCUGGAAAAUCUUUACGACUGUUUACGUGAUGGCAGACUUAAUCCGGCCACAAUUACAGCCCUCAAUCAAAUCGUGCAGUUCGUGCAAGUGGGCGAUUAUGCUAAUGCCUUGCAAACGCACACACAAAUCGCAUUCGGUUCCGAUUUUUCACAGUGUGCUGGCUUUAUGCCGGGUCUAAAGGUGCUGGUACAAUCGGCGACUGAUUUGCAAGUUUAUCUACGAUGAAUUACAUAGCCUCAUAGCUAUAACAGGAGAAAUCCUGAGGAAUCAGUGCGAGAUCAUUUAUAAAUUUAAAAUAAUUCCAUUUUAUUCAUAAAGAUUGUGUUCCAUGGCUUCUUUC